AUGACUGAAAGUUAUUUAACCACAGAUAUUAUUGUUAUUAUCGUCUUGGUAGUUGUACUAAUUUUAGUCGGUAUAGGUGCUUUUCUUAUUCAUUUUUAUUGGACAAAAAUUGGUGUUUCUGAAAUUUGGAAUACAACCAAAUGGAGUUCAAUCCGCAGUUCAAUUUAUCGCACAAUGACUCGUAUUAGUCGAGCAAGUCGCACUAAAUUUGCUCCUGGCCAGUCUUACAAGAGUCCAAGCGCCUAUAAAAAUGAUAUCGACGAUUUUCACUCACCGGACGACAUGUUAGAAGGUAAAAAAUCCCAUCCUGUUAUUACGUCGUAUGUCAUACCCACCGAACGCUUAUCUGGAAGUAAACCAGAAUCGCCAAAUCCAUAUCACAGUCCGGUAUCUCAAAAUUAUGCAACUCAAAUUGGUCGACCCAUUGAUGAUACAACAGUUUAUAAUAUUCAUGAAUAUGAUAACAAAUACAGUGAUCCAUCUGCUAUUGUACAAGAAAAUCGUUUCUAA